GCAUAGACCAGUCAAUAAAUGCCUCUGUCCCGCUCUCUCUCCUCAUCGUCUCGUGAGGUUUUGAUCUCCAGCAGCAUCAUGCCUGAACCAGCGAAGUCCGCGCCGAAGAAAGGCUCCAAGAAGGCCGUCACCAAGACCGCCGCGAAAGGAGGAAAGAAGCGCAGAAAGUCCAGGAAGGAGAGCUACGCCAUCUACGUGUACAAAGUGCUGAAGCAGGUUCAUCCCGACACCGGGAUCUCUUCCAAGGCGAUGGGCAUCAUGAACUCUUUCGUCAACGACAUCUUCGAGCGCAUCGCCGGUGAGUCGUCUCGUCUCGCUCACUACAACAAGCGCUCCACCAUCACUUCCCGAGAGAUCCAGACCGCCGUGCGUCUGCUGCUGCCCGGGGAGCUGGCCAAACACGCCGUGUCCGAGGGCACCAAGGCCGUCACCAAGUACACCAGCUCCAAGUAGAGCUCCGCUGCAGCUCCACACACAAAGGCUCUUUUAAGAGCCACACAA